AUGGAUAUUGCGCAUUUCUUGUUCGGGAUAUUGGGAGAUGCUUCUGGCUUGUUCCUCUUCUUAGCCCCAGCAAUCACAUUCAAGAGGAUUAUAGCGAACAAAUCCACAGAGAAGUUCUCAGGCGUUCCUUACCCUAUGACACUUCUCAACUGUCUCCUUUCUGCUUGGUAUGGUUUGCCGUUUGUGUCUCAACACAACAUACUAGUAACCAUAAUAAAUGGCACAGGAGCAGUAAUUGAAAUCGUAUACGUUUUCAUCUUCAUCUUAUACGCACCCAAAAAGGAGAAGGCUAAAACUCUUGGCCUUUUUGCCUUCGUAGUAACAGUAUUCUCUGCUGUUGUUUUAUUGUCCCUGUUUGCCCUGCAUGGCAAUUCCCGGAAGCUCUUCUGUGGCUUUGCUGCGGCCAUAUUUUCCAUCAUCAUGUAUGGCUCACCCCUCUCAAUUAUGAGACUAGUGGUCAGAACAAAGAGCGUGGAGUUCAUGCCUUUCUUCCUGUCGCUGUUUGUGUUUCUCUGUGGCACGUCCUGGUUUAUCUUUGGUCUAUUAGGCCAUGACCCAUUUGUUGCUGUACCAAAUGGUGUGGGUUCUUUUUUGGGGACAAUGCAACUAAUAUUGUAUUUCAUAUACCGUGGCAAUAAAGGUGAUCCAAAGAAGAUAACAACAGCAAAAAAACCAACAGAAGAGGAAGCCAUGGAGAUGGGCACCGUUAAACCCCCAUCAUCAUCAGAAGAACCAAUCCAAAAAACCAAUGCAAAUGGGACUCAAGAGGGACACGUCUAG